AUGGCCCAAUCAAAAUCAUCACAGUCGGAACUCCCGACCUUCUCACCAGUCGAUUAUGGAAAGUUCUUUGGCGCCGGCGCCCUCGCGGCGACCCUCACCCACGGUGCCGCCACGCCAAUCGACGUCGUCAAGACGCGCAUCCAGGUCGACGACGCCAUGAAGGGCCUCAACAUGAUCAACGCAGGGCGCACCAUUGUCGCAAAGGAGGGCGCCUCGGCCCUGCUCACGGGCUUCGGCCCCACCGCCGUCGGCUACCUCGUCCAGGGCGGCGCGAAAUUCGCCGGCUACGAGUUCUUCAAGAAGCAGUUCAUCACCCUCGCCGGCGGACCCGACAAGGCCGUCGACAAGCGCACCGCAAUCUACCUCGGCGCGUCCGCCACCGCCGAGUUCUUUGCCGACAUCCUCCUGUGCCCCCUCGAGGCCACGCGCAUCCGACUCGUCUCCCAGCGGGGGUUCGCCACGGGCCUGGGCUCCGGCUUCAUGCGCCUCGCCCGCGAGGAAGGGGUCAAGGGCUUCUACUCUGGCUUCGUGCCCUUGCUCUUCAAGCAGGUCCCGUACGCCGUCGGCCAGUUCUCCGUGCACGAGGCCGCCGUCGAGGUCAUUUACCGCAGCAUGGGUCCUGAGAGAAAGGCCAAGAUGACGCAGCUGCAGUCGACGGGCGUGGAGCUGGCGUCGGGCGUCGUCGCCGGUGUCGCCGCCGCCGUGCUGUCGCAUCCCGCCGACACGCUGCUCUCCGCCAUCAACAAGGGUGCCGGCGACCCGAAGCAGGGCGCCACGAGCCGCAUGUUCCAGCUUGCAAAGGAGUUUGGCCCCAAGCGGCUGUUGCUCACCGGGCUGGGUCCCCGUAUCUUCAUGACCUGCGGUCUGGUGGCUGGUCAAUUCGUCAUUUACGCGCAGUGCAAGGCGUUGGUUGGGGCGCCCCCGGGCAUUGAGAUUCACAAGGAGGAGUCUUUAUAA